CUCUUCGCACAGUUGUAGCGCGCUGAGGAUGACAACAUUUUGACAUAUUGACAAAUUAACUUUCAGCGCUGUUCGCGAUCUGCGAGAUUUUGUCAAAUUAACAUUGCAAUGAUGGAUUUCAACUACCGAGAGAACGACUUACAAGAAGCAAUAGAAACUGGCGACCUGGCCAGAGUGAAGCAACUGGUGGAGAGUGGGAUAAACCUGAACUCUAUAUUGCACAGUGUCAGGCGGCGUGAGAGUGCUACCAUCCUGGGUAUGGCUGCCUUUGAGGGACAGAUUGAAAUCAUGGAAUACCUAAUAAAGGCAGGGGCUUCAGUCAACUUGAAAGAUCCUUACUUUGGUCGCAACGCUCUUCACUGGGCAUGCCAGGGUGGCUGGUUUGAGGGGGUGAAGCUGUUGCUACAGUUUAAAGUAGACGUUAACUGCGUAGACAGAGACAAUGUAUCCCCAAUACUGCGUGCUUCCAUGACUGGUAGUGCUGACAUCACAAAACUGCUCAUUCGCCAUGGUGCUGAGGUGAGCCAGCAGGAUCGGCUGAGGUCAUCUGCGCUUCAUUAUUCCAGCUUCCACGGGACUUCCAGUGUCACGCGGGAACUCAUCAAGGCAGGGUGCAUACAUAAUAAUCCCACUAUAUUCGGUCAGGGAACACCGCUAGCUAAUCUGGUCUACCACAGUGAUAUUACAAACUGUUCUCUGCUCCUUGAGGCUGGCUAUACACUAGAAAAUGAAACUUGGCUCAGCAGCUACAAGCACAGUUCCCUGCCAAACAUCGACAAAGAUCUCUCUGCCUGCGUAGAAAUAGUGCUCAGAGCUCGGAGGACUGUUCCCCCUCUAAUGAAGAUAUGUCGUAUGGUUGUGCGCAAAGUAAUGGCUGGGGUCAAUCUGAAUGCUAGGAUGGCCCAGUUGCCACUGCCACAUUCCCUGGUGUGCUACCUGUGCUUACAGUAAUUUUAAACAUGUUAUCAGGUUAGCAUGUUACAAGUAUGUGCCUGUGGAUCCCUGAUGACACACUGACAUGUGGCUGUAUCAGACUAUACCUAAGUAUUUCAUUAUUUACUGUUUAUUUGUUUGUUUCUAAACUACAAGUGUUAGGCAAGGAGUAAUUUUGGGUUGCUUUUGAAAACAAGUCUGUACACUGAGAUCUAUAUACUACUAGUCAGUUUUGUGUAGUGUAUGGAAGUGUACAAGGUCAUGAUUCACUUUGUUGUAGAAAAGUUGAUUGGGCUUUAUUAGAGAUCUUUAUUGUUGCUAAAUAUAUUGGAAUGUUACUUCUGGUCUUGUGAUCUAUCUUCUGUUCUUGCCUGCGAUACUUGCAUUGGUCACAAACGAUUAGGUAACAGGCACACAAAAACAUACUUAUGCUGAUAAAUUGCUGUGUCAUCCACCUGCAGGGAUUAUUUUGACUCCGAGAGCAAUACUUGUUUAUGUUAGUUUUCACCUGGCUUGUAGACAUGACAGUCAGUAUUGUUGUUUGUUACUUUUACUAUUUUUGCAAUUUAGCAUGAUGUGUUAUUUUCUCUUUGCUACCUCCAGUAUCUGUUGUGAGUAAUUAUUUGUUAUCAAAGGUGGGUUUUGUUUGCGGUUGUUCAAGUCUGCAGUUGAUUAUAUGAUGCUUCCAUGUUUGCGGUAAGUAACAUUUGUUGUGCUACUACAUUGAUAUUUGUAUGUAUAUACAUUGUAUAAAUAUAAUAUAAGUGUACAGAUACGUUUGUAUCAUUGUAAGACAAUGGUGGCUGUUUACCAAUAACACACCACAAAGAAUAUAUUCUGAGGUAUGAAGCUUAUUUAGUCCUGAACCUAAGAUUUAAUAUUUAAAUUUAUAUUUUAGUAUUUAAUGCCAAUGUUUGUGCUGCUGAUAUUUUUAGCCUUGGCAGUCAAUCCAUCAUUUUUGUGAGCGAAUCAUGCAUUAGUAUUUUAUUUCCUAAUCCAUGCAUGGAUGGGUGGAAACUUUGCUGGUUCUACCAAGUAGACCUGCACUUGUCAGAUUCAUUAAAAAAUUAUGCAAAUGAGCUAUGAUGUCAUCAACUGUCUAUAAAUUUAAACAGGUUCAAGUUUAUCUUCUUAUGAAAUAUCUUUUCAGUUUUUUGGCAGCAUAUGGAAAAUGAUUUCUGCCACCAGAUUGAGUGAUUCUAUUUUGUAAACAUGAUAUUAAUUGCUAAGGCAACCACUUACUAGAGCUUAUAUAUGGACCGGUUACUUUUGAUGAAAAUGGUUAUUUGGGAUCCAGAAUAUAAACAUUAACUGAUGGGAAAUUAAUGUUAAACAUUUAAUGCUGCUGAGGUUAACAAAUUGAGGUAACAAAUUGUUUUUAUAAUCUGUGAAAAUUAAAUCUGCACAAAAUAGUCUCCUUGUGCAUAAUUGCAUCUGUUUACACCAUUGUAUUAACAUUGACAUGUAGCAAACUGAACUUCACAAUUAUGGAUCAUUGAAUUAACACUGACAUGUAGCCAACUGAACUUCACAAUUACAGACCAUUGAAUUAACAUUGACAUGUAGCAAACUGAACUUCACAAUUACAGACCAUUGAAUUAACAUUGACAUGUAGCCAACUGAACUUCACAAUUACAGACCAUUGAAUUAACACUGACAUGUAGCCAACUGAACUUCACAAUUACAGACCAUUGAAUUAACACUGACAUGUAGCCAACUGAACUUCACAAUUACAGACCAUUGAAUUAACAUUGACAUGUAGCAAACUGAACAUCACAAUUAUGGAUCAUUGAAUUAACAUUGACAUGUAGCCAACUGAACUUCACAAUUACACACCAUUGAAUUAACACUGACAUGUAGCCAACUGAACUUCACAAUUACAGACCAUUGAAUUAACAUUGACAUGUAGCAAACUGAACGUCACAAUUAUGGAUCAUUGAAUUAACAUUGACAUGUAGCCAACUGAACUUCACAAUUACAGACCAUUGAAU